GUCCGGGCGCUGCAGUUCCGGUCACGUGCGGCGCGCGGGUCAGGUGACCCGGCCCGAUCCGCUCCCGCCGCGCCGCCCGGUGCCGCCGCCGCCGCCGCCAUGACGGGGCUCGCCCUACUCUACUCGGGGCUCGGCCUCGCCUUCUGGACCACAAUGCUUGGCAUCGGGAUCUGCUACACAAUAUUUGACCUGGGCUUCCGCUUCGAUGUGGCUUGGUUUCUGACGGAGACCUCUCCCUACAUGUGGUCCAACCUGGGUAUUGGCUUGGCCAUCUCCCUGUCUGUGGUGGGAGCUGCCUGGGGGAUUUACAUCACAGGUUCCAGCAUCAUUGGUGGUGGAGUCAAAGCCCCGCGGAUCAAAACAAAGAAUCUGGUGAGCAUCAUUUUCUGCGAGGCCGUGGCCAUCUACGGGAUCAUCAUGGCAAUAGUCAUCAGCAACAUGGCUGAGCCUUUCAGUGGAGUCACCCCAGAAGAGAUUGGAGCCAGGAACUACCACGCAGGUUUCUCCAUGUUUGGAGCUGGUCUGACCGUGGGUUUCUGCAAUCUCUUCUGUGGGGUGUGUGUGGGCAUCGUGGGCAGCGGGGCUGCCCUGGCUGAUGCCCAGAAUGCCAGCCUCUUCGUCAAGAUCCUGAUUGUGGAAAUCUUUGGCAGUGCCAUAGGGCUGUUUGGGGUCAUCGUUGCUAUCCUGCAGACAUCUAAAGUAAAAAUGGGCUGAGCCCUCUUGCAUUCAGCCUGUUCCAGCCCACCCCAAGAGGUUCUGUAUAUACUUAUUUAAUGUUUCUAUACUUGAUUGGGGUGGGAGAUUCCUGGCGUCGGGAGCAGGAGCCUGACUGCGUAGAGCCCCGUCCUGCAGACCAAUCAGCCCCUGGAAGAAACAGAUUUCUCUGUGUGAAUUCUGCCCCCAGCAGCCUGGCCCAGCCCGUGGGGCCCUGCUGCUGCCUGUCCCCGGUGUGUAGAAUCAACCAUCAGUGCAAUUCUGUGUCAGUGAAAUAAAUAUGGUUCUUGUCCA